CAGGCCAAGGCUAGGUCAGCCUGUAGUCUCAGCUCAUAUAUCAACGUACUCAAGCUAGUUCAACAUGGACGUGAUUGUAGCUGUUAGGAAAUAUAUCUUAAAAAUGGUUGAAGACAGCGGCCCCGGCAUGAAAGUGUUAAUGAUAGAUAAGGAAACCAUCGGGAUUGUCAGCAUCGUGUUCGCCCAGUCAGAGAUGCUACAGCGAGAGGUGUACCUGUUUGAGAGGCUGGACGGCGACCUCCCGACGGACAUCAUGCGUCAUCUGAAGUGUAUCGUGUUUGCGCGCCCCACCAAGGACAACGUGGCCAAGCUGGCCAGGGAGCUGCGGCGUCCCCGUUACGGAUAUUACUACGUCUACUUCAGCAACGUGAUCGCUAAGGCGGACGUGAAGCAGCUGGCCGAGGCGGACGAGCACGAGCUGGUGCGUGACGUGCAGGAGCUGUACGCCGACUACCUGGCCGUCGCGCCUCACCUCUUCCACCUGAGCAUGCCGUGCUGCAGCCAGGGUUUGGCGUGGACCCAGCCGGGCCUGGUGCGCGCCACGCAGGGUGUGGCCGCCGUCCUGCUCUCGCUGAAGAAAUGCCCUGUUAUCCGCUACCAGAGCUCGUCAGAGAUGGCCCGCAAGCUGGCCGACAGCGUGCGGCUGACAUUCACCAAGGAGGCGACGCUGUUCGACUUCCGUCGCGUGGACCCGCCGCCGCUGCUGCUCAUCCUUGACCGGCGAGACGACAGCGUCACGCCGCUCCUCAACCAGUGGACGUACCAGGCGAUGAUGCACGAGCUGCUCACCAUCUCCAACAACCGCGUCAACCUAUCAGAAGUGCCGAAUGUGCCGCCGGAGCUGAAGGAAGUGGUGAUGUCGGCCGAGCAGGACACCUUCUACGCCGAGAACCUGUACUCCAACUUUGGCGAGAUCGGCCAGACUAUCAAGGGCCUGAUGGACGACUACCAGAAGCGGCUGCAGAGCCAGAAGAAGGUGGAGAGCAUCAAUGACAUGAAGCAGUUCGUCGAGAUGUACCCCCAGUUCAAGAAAAUGUCGGGCACUGUGGCCAAGCACGUGACGGUGGUGGGCGAGCUCUCCCGGCUGGUGGGCCACCACCUGCUGCUAGAGCUGUCCGAGACGGAGCAGGAACUGGCUUGUCACGACGAGCACCAGCAGUCCCUGCAGCGGAUCUACCGGCUGCUGAACGCGGAGAAGACGCGCGAGCUGGACCGUGUGCGCCUGGUGAUGCUGUACGCCCUGCGGUACGAGACGCACGCCAACAACGACAUCCACCGGCUGGUGGACACGCUGCGGCGGGGCGGCGUCAGCGAUAAGUACUGCAAUCUGGUGAAGGCAGUGCUGGAAUACGGCGGCGCGCGAGCCCGCAGCAGUGACCUGUUCGGCGACGCAGACCCGGUGGCUGUCACAAAACGCUUCUUCAAGGGUGUCAAGGGUGUGGACAACAUCUACACUCAGCACAAGCCGCUACUUACACGGCUGCUGGACGACCUGCUGAAGGGCCGGCUGAAGGAGACGGCCUACCCGUACCAGAACAGCGGCUACGGCCAACCCGUCAGGCCUGCCGAGAUAAUCGUGUUCGUCAUCGGGGGCGUCACGUUCGAAGAGUCGCUGGCCGUGCAUCAGCUGAACUGCAGCGUGCCAGCCGUGCGCGUGCUGCUGGGUGGCACGUGCGUGCACAACACAACCUCCUUCCUGGACGAGGUGCAGGCCGCCACGCAGGCGGCGCACGCGCUCCAGGCGCGCUCUACGCGCAGCUGAGACAUCUAGCGGCCGACGUCUGAAACGCAGCUGCAGAGUGUGGCCGUUGGGCGGGCUCCGCUCGUAUUGUUUCUGUUCUGCUGCGGAUGAAUUCGGUGGGAUGUGAAAGGCAUUGGUGGAUGCAUUUUGCUUAACCUCUAUGCUGUUAUUCAUUCCAAUAUCGCUGCUAUGGAACGCAUGACUGUGCCGCAUGGGCGGGGGCGCCCCGUCUCGAGUCACUAGGUUGCGUAAGUAGUAUAUCGCCUUUCGCUGGCAGCGUCUUGUGCUUUCUGGUACCACAAGUCGGUAAGCGUACUGGACGAGUUGUCACUUCCGUCGGCUUCCUUGGCCCCCUCGGAAUAAUUUUGCGGUAUGUCCGCUGGCUCGCCCCGUCUGAUGUGGAGUUCGUUUAGCUGCAAUGUGGAAACAAGAAGCCCUGCUUUCUUAUCAGUGUUCGUAGAGGAUGUGAUCGUUCCCUUUAUUAAUCUCGCAAUUGUUACCUGUCGUAAUGCGUUUAGUGAGACUGAGUCGCACCGCUGCCGCUGGACCAACUCACGUAUCACCGCCAUUGUCUCGUGCGCCGCCGGACACUUCGGUUCAGUAUUGUCGCAGUCACCCGGGCGAGCACCAACGCCUGAUUUCCGCGGAGACUUCGGAAAGAGUUGUUCUGAUUGAUUCGCUUCAAAACCAGCCUGUUAAAUUGCCCUACGCUCUUUGUUGGAUGAUUAAUGUGUCGCAUUGCUGGAAGUGUACAGUCACGCUGUUUUGUCAUGUGGAAUAUACGUGUGAUCGCGA